GUUUCCCUCUUCCUGUGUUACCGCCCUUGGGCUGAGUGAGAAACCCAGGCACAGAAGACAUCGCAUUCAUUGAGAAGACUGGUGUUAUUUGGAGUUUCCGUAGCUAGUUCCCGUCAGUCUCAGGUAGCGUCUCCCUGGUCUGAAGCAGCAACCCCGAGAAGAGGCACUGUGGCUGCGGUCUGCUGUUCAGUGUUGCUUAGCAAGCUAUAGCCAGAACCAUGGCGUUGUCAUAUAAGAAGGAUCUGGACAAGUACAAGGAUCUCGACGAAGAUGAAAUCCUUAACAAACUGUCGGCAGAGGAGCUCAAACAGCUGGAGACGGCCCUCGAGGAGAUGGACCCUGAGAAUGCUCUCCUCCCAGCGGGUUUACGUCAGAAGGACCAGACGUCUAAGAAAGCUACAGGACCAUUCGACAGGGACGGUCUGCUCAAAUACCUGGAGAAGGAAGCCAUGGAGUACAAGGAUAGAGAGGAUGUAGUGCCCUUCACUGGGGAGAAGAAAGGUAAAGUAUUUGUUCCUAAGCAGAAACCAAUAGAAACGCGCCAGGAGGAAGUCACAACCCUCGAUCCAGAGUUAGAGGAAGCUCUGUCCAGUGCCACAGAGACAGAACUAGGGGAUCUAGCAGCAAUCCUGGGUGUUCACACGCUGGUCACCAGUACUCAGACAUAUGAUGGAACUGGAUCUAAAGAGUCUUACAACAAUGUGAUCAAGGGGGAGAAGAUGAACCCAGUGUUUGAUGAGCCUCCCAAUCCCACCAAUGUAGAAGAAACUCUGCAGAGGAUAAAAAGCAAUGACAGCUCUUUAACAGAGGUCAACCUCAACAACAUUAAGAACAUUCCAAUUCCCACGCUGAAGGACUUCGCCAAAGCCAUGGAGAAGAACACGCACAUCAAGAAGUUCAGCCUGGCAGCGACACGGAGUAACGACCCAAUAGCUGUGGUGUUCAGUGAAAUGCUGCGGGAGAACAAGACGUUGCGAAGUUUGAAUUUGGAGUCCAACUUUAUCACCGGGGCCGGCGUUCAGGCUUUGGUAGAUGCGUUGCGAGAUAAUGACACACUCACAGAGAUCAAGAUAGACAACCAGAGGCAGCAGCUGGGCACCACCGUAGAGAUGGAGAUAGCUAAGAUGUUGGAAGAGAACAACAGCAUAGUGAAGUUCGGCUACCACUUCACCCAGCAAGGACCUCGAUCCAGAGCCGCCGCAGCUAUCACCAAGAACAACGACCUGGUCCGCAGGAGGCGAGUGGAAGGCGACCUGUAGGGACGUAGCCCUGCCUGUCUCCCAGCCAAUUGUGUUUUUCAUCUCAUCGUGUGGAAUUAUUUCAGCCAAUGCCCUGGUCUCAUCUCACUGUGUGGAAACUCUAGUCUUGUGCCAAACUGCGGGGCAAGGCACGCUCAAACCAGAACAUACAUCUGAGAAGAAGGGAAAUAACUGGAAUUGCCCUCUCCUAUACACAUGUUCAUACUUAUGUUUAUUGUUAUGUUGUUUUUGAAGGUGUAAAUCUCA